AUGUAUAUUACGUCUAACUCGAGUCGUAGCAUUCGUUAUGUCAAAUGUCGCGCUCUUUCCGAACAUAACCUAAAAAUUAUUGCUUCGACCGAUACAAAAAUACAAAAAGUUUGAGCGUGGUAUAAAAUCUGAAACGAUGGUUUUGUGCAAUGUUCAAUGCCUAGAAAGGAUUUCGAAUUACUUGGACGUCUCACCGGUGCAGCUGGAAAUGCACGACAAUGUGAUCGUGUCCACGGAACGAUCAUCGAGUCAAAAAAUCGAGGGUUUCAGCACCAUAAUUCAAUCCUUGAUCAAGAAUUCAAAAUGUCCAGACCUACUUGGUUGUGACAAAGAAGUAGAAGCUUUAUCGCGUCAAUGGCUUGAAUAUGCAGUUGUAUGUGUCAGUUAUGCCGAUACUCCUGCCAAUGCAAAACGAAUUUUCCAGGAGUUGAAUACAGUGCUGAAAGACAACACUUAUUUAACUGGGACAAGGAAAACUAUCGCUGAUGUCACUCUGUAUUAUGCUCUACAUUCAGUAAUGCAAGAGUUGUCACAUCAAGAGAAAGCUCAAUAUGUACAUGUUUCAAGAUGGUUCGAUAAUAUACAACAGGAAGAGAAAUUAAGGCAGCAAUUGGAUUUGAUUUCAUUUGAUCUGUUGCAUUUAUUCUUAUAAAUGAAAUAAAUAUACAGUAUUGACCUAAUAGCUGUUACACAGUGUGUUCUCAAGCACACUUUGAUAAUGUAUCAUAACUUGUUUACAAUUUAGGAUUGAUCUCCUUUUAUUCUGUAGCAGGGUUUGCUUGAUUUAAUGUGAAAAGAAUAAUGACGAAUAACAUGUUCCAAUUUUUUUUUU